AUGGCGAAAUCGAAGAACACGAAGACGAGCAAGACGGGCAAGACGAAGACGGGUCAGCCAAAGAAGACGGCGCGGUCAAGCAAGACGACACAGUCAAGCCAGAGUGAGAAGACGACUCAGUCAAGCCAUUCAACCAAGAAAACCAAUGUUGUGAACAGGGACGAACCUGUAGAAGAAGAAGUUAUUGAAGAUGGCAAGAAUAUGCAUUUAAUCAGUGUUGUUUUCAAUCAUGGAGGGGAAUUUGUGAGCAUGGGUGACGGGGAUAUGAUAUACAGGGGUGGGGUAACGACACAUGUAACUGACAUUCACAUUGACAACUUUACCAUGAGUUACGUUAACAAGUUGUUGAAUGAGUGGGGUUACAGUGAAGGCACAUUUAGGGUAUGGACAAAGGUUCCUGAAAUUGAUCCCAACUUUUUCCAAAUUAGGAAAGAUGAUGACUGCUAUGAUGUAGCUGCAUUUUCUUAUGCCAAUGAAGUAGAUGGUGUCAUGUAUGUAGAGCACGAUGUAGUAGAUGUCUCAUUUUCAGUUGUUAGUCCUAGAUGUGUUAAUGAAAUAGCAAUUCAGGAUCAUAGUGAUGAAGAAGGAGUGGAAGGAUUAGGAGAUAGUGAGGAUGAACGUGCCACUGGGUUGGAUGAUGGGUUUGAAGGUGUAGAUGUGUCUGUACCUAGGAAGGAAGCUCCUUCCCUAUCAGAUGUUAUGAGGGGUUCAGAAAAGAAAGAAAUGGAAGAUGGAGAUGAAUAUGUUACUGAUGAGUUGGACAGCUCAGACCCUGAUUUAUCAGAUGAGGACAAAGGUCACAAAGAAGCUAUACGUGAGUGGUCAGUAUUAAAUGGUAGGGAAAUAAAGUUUGUGAAAAACGAGAGCUACAGGGUUAGGGUGGAAUGUAGGGCCAAAUGUGGGUUUUUAAUACUUUGUUCAAAGGUGGGCCACAAACAUACUUUUGCUAUAAAAACAAUAGUUGAUAAGCACACAUGUGUUAGGGUUCUAGACAAUAGAUCUGCAAGCUCAAGGUGGGUGGCCAAAGCUGUUGUAAAAAAGAUGCAAACAUCACAAAGUGUUAGGAUUACUGACAUUAUUCAAGACUUGAGGCAGAAUUUUUCUGUGGGCAUCACUGUUGCAAGGGCAUGGAAGGCAAAGCUCAUAGCCAAGAGGAUACUUGAGGGAGAUGCAGAUAGGCAAUAUGCUGAUUUGAGGAGGUAUGCAUCUGAGCUACAUAGAGUUAACCCUGGAAAUACUGUGAGUAUCACUGUCAACAGACCUAGUCCAACCAUACAACCAAGAUUUGGAUCCUUUUACUUUUGUUUUGAUGGUUGCAAAAAGGGGUUCACUAAUGGCUGCAGACCCUUCAUUGGGGUAGAUGGGUGUCACUUGAAAACAAAAUAUGGUGGUCAGUUGCUAAUUGUUGUGGGUAGGGACCCCAAUGACCAGUAUUUCCCUCUAGCAUUUGGAGUUGUUGAAAUAGAGAACAAGGAAACUUGGAAAUGGUUUAUUGAUUUGCUGAUGGGUGACAUUGGGCAGGACAACAGAUAUGUGUUUAUAUCUGACCAACAAAAAGGGCUGGUUUCAGUUUUUGAAGACAUGGGUGAAAGGGUGGAACACAGACUGUGUUUGAGACAUCUAUAUGCUAACUUCAAAAAGAAAUUUGGUGGAGGAGCAUUGAUAAGGGACUUGAUGAUGGGGGCAGCAAAAUCAACAUACUACCAAGGAUGGCUGACAAAGAUGAAUGAGUUAAAAGAACUUGAUCCAAAGGCAUGGAGUUGGCUUAUGGGAGUUCAACCAAAAAGCUGGUGUAAGCAUGCUUUUAAUUUUUUCCCAAAAUGUGAUGUUCUAAUGAACAACAUUUCUGAAUCUUUCAAAGCAACAAUAUUAGAUGCUAGGGAUAAGCCAAUUCUGACCAUGUGUGAAUGGAUCAGAAAGUAUUUAAUGAAUAGGUGCUCAACAUCUGCUUUGAAGUUAGAAAAAUGGCCACAUAAGGUCAUGCCCAUACCUAGGAAAAGAUUAGACAAGGAGGUUGCAUUGAGUGCUCAUUGGCUGCCUACUUGGGCAAUGAAUGAACAGUUUCAGGUCACACAUUCUUUCAAUACCCAAGAGUUUAUAGUGGAUAUUUCAAAAAAGUCAUGCAGUUGUAACUUUUGGGAGCUGGUGGGCAUUCCCUGUAGGCAUGCUGUAGCAGCAUUAGGAUUUAGACAACAAAAUCCUGAGGAUUUUGUGGAUGAGUGUUACUCUAGAGAGAGGUAUAAGUUGUGUUAUAAUUAUGCUAUUAGUCCCAUUAAUGGCUGGGAUAUGUGGCCUGAAGUAGAAUCGGAUGAAUUGUUGCCACCAAUCUUUAAAAAGGGUCCAGGGAGGCCUAGAAAGCUCAGGAUUAGAGAGACUGGUGAGGAUGGGGCUAGAAGAAGGUUGCCAGGAGUCUCUUACAGAUGUACAACAUGUGAUAAGUUUGGGCAUAAUGCACAGACUUGUAAAAGCUCAGUUCAGGAUGAAAAUGCUCUCAAGAGAAAGAAAAAAGUGAAGACAACUGAAUCAACUGAAACAACUCAGCAUGCAAAUGGUGAAGGUUCUACUCAAAAUGCUGUAAACCAUGAUGAAACACAGGCAAGUGUAGUUUUCCCUACUGAUGCAACACAGGCAAGUGGAGUUGACCCUACUGAUGCAACACAGGCAAGUGGAGUUGACCCUACUGAUGCAACUCAGGCAAGUGAAGUUAUCCCAACUGAUCCAGCUUAG